UUGACGACCCAAAAACAACAGGUUGAGUCUCCUGCCGCCAUGAUGCGUGCUCUGCAGAAGUUUCUGCUCUUUCAUGCCCUGACAUGUCUUGGACGGAAUGCACUUGGGAGUGAAAUCAUACACGGAAAAAUUGCUCCACAGAACCAGAUGCUGUAUAUGGCCUCAGUGCAGACCGGAGGUGGACAUGUGUGUGGAGGCUCCCUCAUCAGUGAUAACUUUGUCCUCACUGCUGCACACUGUGCUGAUCGACAUCCACUGGUGAGGGUUGUUUUUGGCACCCACAAUCUCAGAAAGACUGGGAUAGUCAGAGCCAUUGAGCAGGGAUGCAAACAUCCUGAUUAUCGGAAGGACACGAUAGAAAAUGACAUCAUGCUCCUCAAACUGUCUCAGAGUGUUCCAGUGGGUAGAACAAUACAACGCAUUCGACUUCCCCCUCCUAACAUGAACCUACGACCCAACCAAAUGUGCCAUGUAGCUGGAUGGGGAGUGGCCGACGCUGGUAGAGCUGUUGAUGACCUGAGAGUGGUGGGUGUGUCUGUCGUCGACCAGAAUGUGUGUAGACAGCAAUGGACUUGGAUUCCUGCCAAUGUCAUCUGUGCAGGUGGAUAUCGAACACUCAGAGGAGCCUGCUUUGGUGAUUCUGGCGGUCCUCUGGUGUGCAAUGGGGUGUCUGCUGGUGUCACGUCUUACAUAGGCGGGGGUUGUUGGGACGAACGCUUUCCCAAUGUCUAUACAGACGUGUCCAAGUUCCGUCCCUGGAUCAACCAGAUUCUCAGUCGCAAUGGUUGUUAAAUACAACAACCUUACAGAAAGCUUUGCUUCAGUAUACCUUCAUUGUAUUUAGGAGGUUAUGUAGUUAUGUCGCUCUGUCAGUGUUUUCUUUUGUAUUCAUUUUUCUGUAAGAGAUGUUUUGACUUGACUUGUUUUUCUGACAAUGUGGACUUUAACUACCCCACAUCCAAAAUGUUCACCAUUAUCAAAAACAGUGAAUAACUUAAAGUUCAACAUUAAACAUUAUUUUUUGGUGACAAGCACAGAUCAAUCAUGGUCAGUAAAAAACAUCAACAGACUCAGUAAUGAUCCUCCUUUAGAACACGUGGGAUUAAUCUAGCUAAUUAGUUUCAUGACUGGGUGGGAGGCAGUGCUGCUUAAAGCCAAAGCAGGAAACAGUACCUACAGCUAAACAGAAUACAGUUACCAUCAGUUAGCAGUUAGCAGUUAGCCUGCUCUGGUGAUAUUGUAUCUUUUUCUUGGUAGAACGAAUUCAACAGGUGGCAAAAUUCUCACAUUACAUUGCAUCUUACAGCAUUAUUUAAUACAGUAACAACAAUAAUAGUAAUAUAAAGAUGAUAUGAUUAUACUUGAUAUUCAGUCCUCCUGCAAUAUCUAAUCAAAAAGAUUCAUGAGAUUGACUAUUAAGAAUGAAAGAAAAAAAGAUGGGGGAUAAAGAUGGGAGAAACCUCAGGAAGAGCCACAGGGGAGGGAUCCCUCUCCCAGGACGGACUUGUGUCCCCGACUCCCUGAACAUUUUACAAUUCUUUCACAAGAAUUGUAAAAUGUGAGAAUUCAGCAUACUGUAGUAUCUCGUACUGGCACCUCGGCUCUGGCACAGCCUUCCACUUAGCAGCAGUUCGGCUGACACUGUUGCUGCCUCCAAGUAAAAAUGUGUUUCACUCUCACAGAAUGGCCUGUCUUGACAUCUGACAUACUUUCUCAUUUCUUUCAAAAUGUCUUUGUGCCUUUUGCUUCAAACAUGUUCUAUGAAUAAAACUUUUAU